GCCCGCGCCCCGGAGCCCAACCGCCGCCGCCGCCGGCCCGGCCCGCCCCUCCCGCCGCCGCCGCCGCCGGGCGCGGGACGCGGCGCUCACAGGCCGGGGCGCGCGCGGCGGGGCGGCCUUCGGGGGCGCGCGGCGGGGCGGCCGGCAGGGCGGCGCGCGGCGCUCACGGCCGCGGGCGCGCGCGGGCCCCUCCGCCCGGCCAGGCGCCGAGGCGAGGGCGCGAGGCCGCCCGCCAUCUUGGAGCCCGGGGGCCGAGGGCGGGCCGCGCGGCGGCCGCGAGCCGGGACGUGGCCGAGGCGCCUGCUGUUCUCGAAGGCCGCCGGGGGCCGGAGCCCGCGAGCGGCGCCACAGCCCGCCGCCCGCCUCGCCCGGCGACCCGGGCCAGCGCGGCGCCGAGGGCCGGAACCCGCGUGUAGGGCCGGCGGCGUCGGGGGCGCCAGCUGGCGGACGGACCUGCGGGCGGAAGUGACGCGCGGCCCGGCUCGGGGCGGCGGGGCCAUGGCGCACAUCACGAUCAACCAGUACCUGCAGCAGGUGUGCGAGGCGAUCGACACUCGGGAUGGCGCGUCCUGUGCAGAGCUGGUCUCCUUCAAGCACCCACACGUCGCAAACCCCCGGCUGCAGAUGGCCUCUCCAGAGGAGAAGUGUCAGCAAGUCUUGGAGCCCCCGUAUGAUGAAAUGUUUGCAGCUCACCUCAGGUGCACUUACGCCGUGGGAAACCAUGACUUCGUAGAGGCCUACAAAUGCCAGACUGUGAUCGUCCAGUCAUUCCUGCGAGCGUUUCAGGCCCACAAGGAAGAAAACUGGGCUCUGCCGGUCAUGUAUGCAGUAGCACUUGACCUCCGAGUGUUUGCCAAUAAUGCCGAUCAGCAGCUGGUGAAGAAGGGGAAGAGCAAGGUGGGGGACAUGCUGGAGAAAGCGGCCGAGCUGCUGAUGAGCUGCUUCCGUGUUUGUGCCAGUGACACACGUGCAGGUAUAGAAGACUCCAAGAAGUGGGGAAUGCUAUUCUUGGUGAACCAGUUAUUUAAAAUUUACUUUAAGAUCAACAAACUGCAUCUGUGCAAACCCCUCAUCAGAGCCAUCGACAGCUCAAACCUGAAGGAUGACUACAGCACAGCCCAGAGGGUCACCUACAAGUAUUAUGUGGGCCGCAAGGCCAUGUUCGACAGCGACUUCAAGCAAGCUGAGGAGUACCUGUCCUUCGCCUUUGAGCACUGCCACCGCUUGAGCCAGAAGAACAAGAGGAUGAUUCUCAUCUACCUGCUGCCAGUCAAGAUGCUGCUGGGGCAUAUGCCGACCAUUGAGCUUCUGAAAAAGUACCACCUCAUGCAGUUCGCUGAAGUCACCAAAGCCGUGAGUGAAGGUAGCCUGCUCCUGCUGAAUGAGGCGCUGGCCAAGCAUGAGACCUUUUUCAUUCGCUGUGGCAUCUUCCUCAUCCUUGAGAAGCUGAAGAUCAUCACCUACAGGAACCUCUUCAAGAAAGUGUACCUGCUGCUCAGAACACACCAGCUGUCUCUGGACGCCUUUCUGGUUGCCUUGAAGUUUAUGCAGGUGGACGACGUGGACAUCGAUGAAGUGCAGUGCAUCCUGGCCAACUUGAUAUACAUGGGUCAUAUUAAGGGCUACAUCUCGCAUCAGCAUCAGAAACUCGUUGUCAGCAAGCAGAACCCAUUCCCGCCACUGUCCACUGUGUGCUGAGCGUCCCCAGCCUCCUGUGCUGUCCUCAGUGCUGGCCAUCUGC